AGUCCCUCUCUGAUUCACUCUAUCGGCGUGUGUUUGAGGGGACGGGUAGUUGGAGUAAGGAGUCGCCGGGUGGUAGUGCAUUACGACCGUUUUUUUUGGGAAAGAGACGCCGCUGAAAAUUGCACCACAGACUGAAGGAACGGCCCCCGGUGACGACUUCUGUGAAAUUGUUCAACGCAGCGACUGCGCCACACGCUCAACCAACAAACGCAGCCAGGCUAUCAAAUGCUAGCCUGCUAGCAUCCCUGAAAACUGACGGGAUCAAGGUGUUGAUAGCUAGCCUCCCAGCUAAUUAUCCAUCAGCUAGCAUCCUCCUGCCGUAGCAUCAUUAGCUCGCUUCUCCUCCUCGCGCACGUCGAGACUUCACCAUCGCUCGUGGCGGUGCCUUUCAGGUCGCGAGCACCAAAUCCCACCUUCAGACAAAAACACACGAUUCCUCCUGACUGGCUGCUGCUGGAGACAGCGUCUGCGUUGCAUUAGUUGACACCAUCACACCCAUCUCCCCAACCCCUUCACCUCUGCCCCUCUUCCUCCACCCGAAACACUGGAAAUCCACAAGCGGCCGGAGAGCGGCGAAGGGCCGGCGAAGCUGGGGGUGGUAACGCUACCGGACUCGCAGGGAGUCAUAACGGCUACAGACAAGCACAGCCGUGGGGAUCUACCGACAAGUAUGGACGGGCUGGCCGUGGAAGUUCGCGGCUCGAAUGGGGCCUUCUAUAAGGGUUAUAUCAAAGAUGUCCACGAAGACUCACUCACAAUUGUAUUUGAAAACAACUGGCAGCCAGAGAGACAGUUGCCCUUCAGCGACGUGCGGUUGCCUCCUCCGGCCGACUACCACAAGGAAAUUGGUGAAGGAGAGGAGGUGGAGGUUUACUCCAGGGCCAACGAACAGGAGCCGUGCGGCUGGUGGCUGGCGCGGGUCAGAAUGAUGAAGGGAGAGUUUUACGUGAUUGAAUAUGCGGCUUGCGACGCCACGUACAACGAGAUCGUCACAUCGGAGCGCAUCAGGCCCCUCAACCCCAACAGCCCUUCCUCUCGAAACUCCUUCCACAAGGUCCCCAUCCCCAUCCCAGAAGACCUGAGGGACAUCUGUGCAAAUGACAACAUUCACAAAGACUUCAGGAAAGCUAUCGGAGCCAACUGCAUCUUCUACAGUGCCCAAACACACGAACUCAUUGUUCUGUCUACAAAUGAAACCACAGUAAAGCGUGCAACUCUUCUGAGUGACAUGCAUUUCCGCAGCAUCCGUACCAAGCUAAUGCUUAUGUCCCGUAAUGAAGAAGCCACCAAACAUCUGGAGACAAGUAAGCAGUUAGCAUCAGCAUACCAGGAAGAGGUGAGAGUCAGGGAGGACCUGAUGGGCCUCGCCAUCGGCUCCCAUGGUGCCAACAUCCAACAAGCAAGGAAGGUGCCUGGUGUUACAGCUAUCGAGUUGGAGGAGGAAAGCUGCACGUUCAGGAUUUAUGGAGAGACGCCAGAGGCAGUGAAACAGGCUAGAGAGUAUCUUGAGUUUAAAGAAGACUACUUUCAGGUACCCAGGAACCUUGUAGGCAAAGUCAUCGGCAAGAACGGCAAAGUCAUCCAGGAGAUUGUAGACAAGUCGGGCGUGGUCCGCGUCAGGAUCGAGGGAGACAACGACAAAAAGCUUCCCCGGGAGGAGGUAGGCAGGCAGGGGGCAGGCAGGGACGACACUGCCGGCGGCAAAGAGGGCAUGGUUCCCUUCGUGUUUGUCGGAACUAAGGAGAACAUCAGCAACGCUCAAGCCCUGUUGGAAUACCAUGUGUCCUAUCUCCAGGAGGUGGAGCAGCUGCGCCUCGAGCGUCUCCAGAUUGACGAGCAGCUCCGUCAGAUCGGGGUUGGGUAUCGCGCUCCCCCAAGCCGAACUGGGGGCCCCGGGGUUGACCGGGAGAAAGGCUACCUGACAGACGAAAGCAGCAACUCGCUCCACACUUCUCGUACCUACGGGGGCCGCGGCAGAGGACGCAGGGCCUCCAACAGCCAGUACUCUGGAUAUGGCACAAACUCUGAACUGUCCAACGCUUCCGAGUCGGAGGAUGUCAACGAGCGAGACCAGAGGCCCCGCGGCAUAGGCAGCGAUGAGAGGGGCUCCCGACGAGGCGGCAGGGGCCGAGGCACCAACUCGGGCAGAGGACGUGGAGGGCCGGCAUCCAAGCCUUCCAACUCCAUCAGCUCAGUGCUGAGGGACCCAGACAGUAACCCGUACUCCCUGCUGGAGGGUGAGGGCGAGCUGGCUGACGCAGACCUCAGCGAAGGCAUGGGAGACCGCCGCAGACGGUCCAGACGCCGCCGCAACGACCAGGAGCCGAGCGUGAUGGAUGCUGCCGGAGAGUCAGACAGCCAGGCGGGCCCCAGUGAGAACGGACUGGAUGAAGAAGCCCGACCUCAGCGCCGCAACCGAAGCCGCCGCCGCCGUAACCGUGGCAACCGCCCAGAGGGAGGUUCAACCAGCCGUGACAGACAGCCAGCUGAAAGUGUGACUGUUGCUGACUACAUAUCCCGUGCUGAGUCCCAGAGCAGACAGAACCUGCCCCAGAAGGAAAACCACACUGGCCCUGAACCCAAGGAGAACGGCACCAGUGCCAAGAAGGAUGAGCGAACGCCCACCCAGCGUUCCCCCAGCAAGAGCAUGACCUCGGCCAGCGAGACCCUGACCCUGGUCAACGGGGUCUCAUAAAGAGACGACCCCGCCCCUCGCGAACCCAAGUCUAGAGCAAGACUCCAUGGCAAACUCUGUCCCUGCUUGCAUUAACUUAAACCUUAAACAGAUGAGUGAAAAGUACCUGACAAAAUACCUGAAUUCAUACUAUGAGAGUGAAAAAGUACAAAAAAACGACAAACGCAUCUACUUAAAAACACACGUUAACGGUGUAUGCUAUCCUAUCUAUCAGUACUUAGUGCUUAUUUAAAAAAAAAAAACAAAAAAACAACUAGCUUGCCAAAAAAGAGCUGGUGGAUAUGACUUGAUUUUUAAAAAUACUGAAACACGAGAAACAGGACGAGACUUUUUUUGUUGUUUUCGAAAUGGUUGUCUUUAUUUGUGUCUUCUUUUUUUUUUUUUUUUUUGUUAAUGUUUAUUUUGUUCAUUGUUUAUCACUGGUUUGGACUUGGCGGUCGCUCUCUCAACCAAAACAGACGCGUCUCUUAACAGUGUUAAAAGUACAGACAAGAGAGAUGUAAGCUGUAGGGAGCGGCGUAUGAGCAGACAGUCCAAUAGCUUAUGUGACGCGAUGUUCGCACACUGAACCUGGGAGUGAAGACAGAAAGACAGACAGACAGACAGAUUGGAAUAUUGAUAGACAUUGUGCCUUGAAUUUGAAAAAAAAAAAAAAAAAAACAAAUAAAAAAAAAAACACUUGA